CCAUCAUUGGCGCAAGUGGGCGAAUAUGGCGACCACUACCGGCACUGAGGUGGCGUUGUCCUUCAACACCGACAUGUACAAGAAGCUUUUCCCGGCAGAAUACAUGCGCAAAUGCUUGGCGAACAAGGUGCGACCAGACACGCGCACCAUCGAAGCCACACGCGCCGUGCAGUUGCAGACAGACGUGAUCCAAACUGCAGCCAGCUCAAGCCUCGUCAAGCUCGGCAAGACGUCGGUGCUAACGGCAAUCAAGCUGGCAGUAGGCACGCCGGCGGUUGCUACACCCGACCAAGGAGAACUCGCCAUCCAAGUCCACUUGUCACCGCUGUGCUCAAACCGGUUCACGGUCGGCCGGCCAUCAGAGGAGGCGCAAAGCAUCGGUAGCCAACUCACAAGAGUAAUCGCUGGCUCGCGUGUGGUGGAGAUGGAGAGCUUAAGCAUUGUCAAGGGCCAGUCAGCAUGGAAGCUUAUGGUGGACGUGUACGGUGUGGAUCAUGAUGGCAACGUGCUGGACGCCGCGCUUACGUCGAUCAUUGCGGCGCUGAAAACGUUGAAGCUGCCGGCUACAUCCGUCAAUGAAGUGGACAAUGUGGUCUCGAUCGUGCCAGACGGUGAUGCCACACCACUGCGUGUGGAGCACGGUGCGUACGCGACUUCGUUCGCGAUGGUGGACGAUGUUGUGCUGAUCGACCCGACCAGCGCCGAGGAGGGCCUGUCUAGCGCCGUUUUCAGUCUCUCGUACAGUACCGACGGCCAGCUCUGUGGUGUGCACAAGGCCGGUGGCUCGAUCGUGGCGCCUAGUGUGAUGCAGCAAUGUAUGACGAUCGCCAAACGGAACACCAAGGAGCUGGCCAAGCUUGUGGACGCUUCAACUUAGUAAAACACUAACACCCUAUCGAAUAGCAUUACGUACCGAUAAACCAGCAGCAUUUACCUAUG